GGAAAACCCCCUCCCUACCCUAUUUCUGACGUCAUCCUUUCUCUCGCGACCGACGACCUACUCAACUCACUGCACCGGCCAAUUCGUCUUGUCUUGUGUUCUUGUAGGUUCGGCCAUCAGCGAGACCCGACCUGCUCACUUCUCUCCCGUCUUCUGGAUUUUUGGUCUGAUGUGGUUGCCAGCGGGAGCUGCGAAAUGCGGCUCAUCAUUAGCUGCAGCGACGGUCCUUUGUCUUCUUUUAGCAAAUUCCUGUCACGAUGCAAGUGCAGACUCGGUGUGCUCAAUUGAUGAGCAUCAUUGUGCAUCAGAUGACAAGUGCCUUCAAAAGAGCCACGUUUGUGACGGUUCUCCCGACUGCUCAGAUGGCAGUGAUGAAGUUGACUGUGAUUAUUUAUUGUGCACGCCCGAGAUGUGGUUCAAAUGUGAGAACGGCAAGUGCAUCUCAAAGUCCCUUUUCUGUGAUGACGGUAAUGAUUGUGGCGAUUGGAGCGACGAACCGACUAACUGUGAAUAUAGACGUCAUUGGACGGAAAAUAAUCAUACGUGUGAAGUGGGAGAGUUCAAAUGCGACGAUGGCAUGUGCAUCCCUUUCUUGUGGAUUUGCAAUGGAAUAGCAGAUUGCCCCGAUGGCAGUGACGAAAAACAGCACUGUGAAAAUAAAUCGUGCGAUGGUUUCCGUUGCAAAAGUGGGCAGUGCAUCAUUGAAGAGUUUCGUUGUGACGGCUCUCUAGAUUGCUCUGAUGGAAGCGACGAGGAAAACUGUCCUGCUGCUGGCCACAUAAAUGUGCCUAUUGCCGAUUGCAAGCCGGAAAAGGGCUACUACCUCUGCCAGGACGGCAUCACUUGCAUUUCGGCAAAUUCUCUAUGUGACAACCACACUGAUUGUCUCCAAGGUGAUGAUGAAGGCCCACUCUGCAUGUUCAAUCAUGAAGAAAUGUGUAAAGAGGUUGGUUGCAGUCAUGUUUGCCAUCGUUCUCCGAAGGGUGCUGUUUGCAGUUGUGACCACGGUUUCCGAAUGAAAGAAGGGUCCCGCACUCAAUGUGAAGACAUUGACGAAUGCUUGAUUUAUGGAUCUUGUGGCCAAAAGUGCCACAACUGGGUUGGAGGACAUGCCUGCAGCUGUGAGGAUGGCUACGUUUUAGCCAAAGAUGAUAAAACAUGCUUGGCCGAAGAUGUUUCGGAGUCGAUUUUGGUUUACUCGAAUGGAAAGGAAAUUCGCUCCUAUUCGCUAACCACACAGCACCUGACCAAAGUGCAGGGAAGGCAGCAACAGGUGGUUGCGGUGGCUUUUGAUGGCCACAAUAUCUUCUGGAGUACCCUGGAGAAUGGCCAGGAGAAGAUCAUGAAGAGCAGGGAAGACGGAUCGAAAAAGGAAGUGAUUGUCAACUCGGGUCUCGGCCAGCCGGAGAACAUGGCCUGGGACUGGGUCAGCAAGAAGCUUUACUUCACCGACAGCAGGACAAAAACUGUCUCUGUCUGCACAGACGAUGGACACUGGUGUUUUGUUUUGGUCAACACUAUUACAGACGCGCCGCACGGCAUCGUUGUUGUUCCACAAGAAGGAACCAUGUUUUGGACUGACUGGGGGACUAGACCGCACAUUGCCAAAGCUGGAAUGGACGGAUCAGAUCCAAUUGUGUUUCUUGAGCUUGAAAAGGAUUCUUAUCCAAACAGUUUAGCUCUAGACUAUGGAAACAGGCGGCUCUACUGGGUCGACUCUAAGGUUCACAUCAUCGAAUCUAUCAAAAUGGACGGUAGCGAUCGGAGGGUUGUGCUGAAAAUGUCCGUCAGCAGAGCGUACUCGAUAGCUAUUUUUGAAAACAGAUUGUACUGGAGUGACUUCAGUGGCAAAGAAAUAUAUUCGUGUGAUAAGUUCACCGGCAAAAAUCAAACCGCAAUUGUGAGAGAGAGGAAGAACGCCAUCAAUGGAAUCCACAUUUACCAUCCUGCCCUACAACCAAAACUUCGUAAUCCGUGUGAAGAGUCGAGAUGCAGCCACUUGUGUCUUUUGGCCCCCAAGGGAAAAUAUGCUUGCGCCUGCCCAUCAUAUAUGGACCUAGGACAAGAUAAACUUACCUGUGUUGAGAAAACCAAAACCUCAGCAGUGUUGAUUGGAGCCGGAAACAAACUGAUCAAAAUCCAGCAUCAGCUGCUUGGAAAGCAAAACGUUUCGUAUGUACCUCUCCAAAACAUUGAAAGCAUUUCUGCCCUUACAUACAACUCAAAGACAAAUGCUGCCAUCAUUGCUAGCUCUGAUCCUGCGAACAAAAGGAUUGUGUCCUUCAAUUUGAAAAAGUUGAAAACCAAAGUGUUAAUUGAUAGUCAGAUUGGAUUGGUUAUUGACAUGGAAUAUGAUCACCUGGGAAAUAAUCUGUACUGGUGUGACUUUGAGCGGCAAGUCAUUGAAGUGUACAGUUUUAAUACCAGGGAGAGAAUGAUCAUUGUCAGAGAUCUGGGAGGAAACUAUCCGUCGGGUUUGGCCCUAAUUCCAGAGCAAGGUUCAUUGUUUGUUGGAUUGACCUCUGACCACCACCAUCACAUAGACGUCUUCGGCAUGGAUGGCCAAGGUCACACGCAUGGAAUCGAAGACAUCAGUGGUUCUCCCACCGCGCUCACCUUCCACAAAGGUCUCCAGAGAGUCUUCUGGGUUGACGAUGCGACUGGUAAAAUUGAGAGCACAGACGAUGAGGCGCUUGACAGACAUGAGUGGCGAUAUGAAUCCACGGAGCCCAUUUCCAUGACUGCUUUGGGCCCUCACAUGUUCUGGACCAGUUCUCAUUCAGCGUAUUUGCACUGGGCAGAUGUUCACAUGGGCCAGAGCAAAAUGACCAAGACUAAGCUAGAUGUCAACGAGGCUUCUAACAUGUACUUGGCCACUCUGCAGGCAGUCCCCGACACAGUGCACGGCUGCCAGGUGGAAAACGGUGGCUGCAGCCACAUCUGCUUUGCCAUGAAAGCAGGAGUUAAGUGUGGUUGUCCUUUGGGUAUGCACCUGAAGAGCAACGAUCUCACUUGUGUCACUCCCUCUCACUGCAGCAAAAAGGAGUUCAAAUGCAAAAUGGAUGACCUUUGUAUUCCAAAAUCUUUAAGGUGUAACGGCCACAUCGAUUGUCCCCACGGAGAAGACGAGGAGGACUGUGGGGAAACUACUUGCGAGCCAGACUCGUUCAAAUGCAAAAAUGGAGACUGCGUUUUCCAUUCCAAAAGGUGUGAUGGCACCCAGGACUGUAGCGAUGGUUCUGAUGAGGAGAACUGCAAAGAGAUUAAAUUCUGUGACAUCAAUUCUGAAUUCACCUGUUUUUCUGGAGAAUGUAUCUCUCGUACUCUUGUUUGCGACUCGAUCAGGGAUUGCUCCGACGGCUCAGAUGAAUCAUUUUGCUCUGAUACUUCUUGCAGUGCAGAAGAAUUUAAGUGUGGAGAUGGCGCCUGUAUACCAAAAACCUGGGAGUGCGAUGGAGGUCUAGAUUGUAAAGACGGUUCAGAUGAGCACAGCAAAUGCGAGGUGGAAAAGUGCCUCUCAACAGAUUUCCGCUGUGAAAAUGGGCAAUGUUUGGAUCGUAAACUAUUAUGUGAUGGCCAAGAUGACUGUGGAGAUGGAAGUGAUGAGACCUGUAAUGAGGGGCGCUCCAAAGAGGACAAAGAGGUGGAGAAAAAUGUCGAGGAAUGUGCAGUGGACAUGUUCCGCUGUGAAUCAGCAUCUAAGGUCCUAUGUCUUCCUGAAAGUGCAAGGUGCAAUGGAACACGAGAAUGCCCAUUUGGUGAUGAUGAGAUGAGCUGUGGUUGUGGUGAGGGCACAUUUGAGUGUGUAUCAACACGCCAAUGCAUCACUGACAGUUGGGUUUGCGACGGAACUGAAGAUUGCUCUGAUGGAAGUGACGAGAGAGACUGCUCGCCAAAACCCUCCACGGAAGCCCCAAAAAUUCGCUCUGAUUGCGAUGAGUUCCGAUGCCAAUCCGGAGAGUGUCUGCGCUUUAGCUUGGUCUGUGACAAAUCUAUCCACUGCCGAGAUGAGACUGAUGAAGGAGGUCGAUGUGAAUCUUCAUGCAAAGAAGGUAAAAAUCCCUGCACACAGGUAUGUCAUAGCACUCCCAAAGGCCCCCGUUGCUCUUGCCUCCCCGGAUAUGCUUUGUCUGGAGACGGCCGCACCUGCCUUGACAUCAACGAGUGCGAAACAGAACCAAACACCUGCUCUCACUACUGCAGAAACACUCUUGGCAGUUUUAUUUGUUCUUGUGCAAGCGGCUACACCCUUCGGUCUGACAGACGGUCUUGCAAGGCAAAUGGCCGCAACCUGGAUGUUGUGUUUGUUACAAAUGAGGAAAUUAGAAAAGUCUCCCUCAAGUCAAUGCGGCAGGACAUUUUGACAUCUCACACCGGUCUCACAGUGUCUGGCCUGGCAGUGGAUGCUCAUUUGCAUCACAUUUAUUGGAGCACAGCUGCAACAGGCAAGCUGACUCAAAUGUCAGAGGCCAACGAGAUGGAGAAGCAGAUCGAUCGGAUUGUGGAAAACCCAAAGAAACUUGCUCUGGAUUGGAUUUCUUCCAAUAUUUACGUGGUCGAUCAAUUACAAUACCCGACCAUCAAAGUUUGCAAUGUCAAAUUGGAAAGGUGCUCCAAAAUUCUCACUGCCUUCAGAGCCAACGAGGUUACCAGCAUGGUUGUUGACCCUAGAGAAGGUUACAUUUUCUGGUCGGAGCUAUCUGUCGAUGAUGAUAAAAGGCCUGUGAAUGAAAUAUGGCGUGCUAACAUGGAUGGAAAAAAUGCAACAAUUGUCAUCAAAUCUGGUCUGGCGAUGGUUUCUGGCCUUGCUCUAGACCUGGUCAAAAAGCAGAUUUACUGGUCCGACCAAGGGAAGAGCAUCAUUGAAUAUGCCAACUAUGAGGGAUCUCAAAGAAAUCAUCUAUCCAUCAAACAACUUCAGAGGCCAGUUGGUGUUGCUCUAUUUGAGGACAACAUUUAUUGGAUCGAUGGUGGCUCCUGGAAACUGUCCAAGUGCUCCCUGAGAUACCCUUACGAGUGCAAACACGUUGAGCUCCACGCCUAUGAUGUUGUCCACUUCCAACUAGUCCAUGAGGCUAUGCAACCAAUUGCGCCUAAUUUGUGUGAGGCUGUCAACUGCGGAAGUGGUAUAUGUGUGCAAAUUCCUAAUGGAGCAACCUGUCUGUGUGAAAAUGAGAGCUGCUUGGAGAUGGAGGAAACAUCUAAUGCUCAACAAAAUGUGCAAGGAAGAAUUCACCAUCACGCUGGAGCUAUAGUGGCGUCGCUGUUUCUUACGGUCCUUGUUAUUUCCUCUGCUGGUUUCAUUUGGUUCUACUUGAUCAAAGGAAAGAAAACUCUUGGAGAAGUGCUCAACAUUAGGAAAUUAAAAUUCCCGAAUGCAGCAAACCUUAGUCAUAACUUCUUUGGCAAAGGUGUUCGAUACCAGGCCAGUCUCAACAAACAAUCUGACGAAUUUUCUGUUCCAGUCUACAAUGAUCAAAAGCCCUCAGGAUUUGAGCAGCAGCCUCUAAAAGUUGUGGACAACUCGCCUGUUGCCCCCAGAAGAACCAUCCCAGUUGACAUAAUCAGAAGCCCUGCAGAGUCGACCAACAGCUCGCCCUUGUCGCCACUUAACUGCAGUCUCAAAGAGUGUCUCAUAAAAGUCGAUGACUGAUUUUUAAGUGUCAUUUAGAUGAUAUUCCUCAGUUAUUGCUAAACUCUCUUGCUUGUUAAUAAUUUACUUUGUUAGUUAAAACCCUUUCUUGAGCUCCCAUUCUAUUGGUAUAUUUUUUUCAAAUUUAUGCUGAGUUCUAAUGUAAUGUUAGAAUAUUCACCUUUUUAAUGUGUUUGUGAGUGUUCUGAGAUACGAAGAGAACAAAAAAUUGUAGAUUGUUUGUUACUCUAUUUUUAUAUUUUCUCUACGUCUUGCAUGCUUCUCUAAUGAACAACAUGUCAACUGUUUCUCUACUUGAGAAUCACACUUCUUUUCUAUUAUAGUUUUCUUAAAACUGUAUUGAUAUGAUAUGGAACUCCUCCACAGUUCCUAGAUCAGAAUUCCUUUUCGUUCUUGUUACUUGUUAUAGUGUGUAAAGAGAAGAAAGACUUGGAGUGGAUUUAUUUCUACCACUUUUUUGAACAUUCGUUAGGAAAUAAGAACAAAAAUACAUAAAAUUGCUUACAUUAUAAAAAAGAAAUAAAUUAUUCAUCAAAACACUUUA